AGAGUAAAUAGAAUAAAUUUGAGUUGAAGAAAUUGUAUUACAUAUUUAAGAGAUAAUUUCUCAGUGAGAGUGCAGUAGUUUACACUGCGUUGAUUGCAGAAGCCGGUAAAAUGCUUCUUAAAAUAUUUGUAAUUAUAUUAAUAUUUUGGCCCUGUUCAGCUAUAGAAAUAGAUCCAAAUGGAUAUCUUGCUUACUGUCCUUGUAUGGGGCGUUUUGGUAAUCAAGCAGAUCAUUUUUUGGGUGCCCUUGCAUUUUCACAUGCAAUAAAUCGAACUCUUAUAUUGCCACCUUGGGUUGAAUAUCGUAAAGGUGAAGCGCGUUCUGUUCAGAUUCCCUAUGAGACAUACUUUAAUAUCGAAUCUUUACAAGAAUAUCAUAGCGUGAUUGCAAUGUCUGAUUUCAUGGAAAAUAUAGCACCAUCAGUGUGGCCACCAGAUAAACGCGUUUCAUUUUGUUAUAUGGAGCGAAAAACAUUGUACCCAAAUAAAGAAUCUCAACGUGAUUGUCAUGCAAAAGAUGGAAAUCCAUUUGGUCCAUUUUGGGAUACCUUUAAUAUCGAUUUUAUUGCAUCUGAAUUUUAUGGACCACUACAUUUCGAUGUACAUCAUAGUGCUAUAGCAGCUAAAUGGCAAACAAAGUAUUCACCCAAAGAAUGGCCAGUACUUGCAUUCACAGGUGCACCCGCUAGCUUUCCAGUCCAACUUGAAAAUCGCGAUCUUCAGCGUUAUGUUACUUGGAAUUCAAAGAUAAUUAAUUCAGCGCAAGAUUUUAUACGUAAUGAACUACCUCGUGGCGCUUUUAUUGGUAUUCAUUUACGGAAUGGAAUUGAUUGGGUGAAAGCCUGUGAACAUAUUAAAGAUAGCCAACAACUUUUUGCUUCCCCACAAUGUCUUGGAUACAGAAAUGAACGUGGUUCCUUAUUUCCCGAAUUAUGUAUGCCGUCGAAAGAGUUAAUUAUAAGACAAAUAAAGCGAUUGGUUAAAAAUGUAAAGCAAAUGUAUCCUAAAAAUGAAGUACGUUCCAUAUUUGUGGCAUCUGAUGCAAAUCAUAUGAUAACAGAUCUCAAUAACGCCUUGCUUAGAAUGAAUAUAACCGCUUAUAAAUUAACAAAUGAUAAUCCUCAUUUAGAUUUAGCGAUACUAGGUCAAGCUAAUCAUUUCAUAGGUAAUUGCAUUUCAUCAUAUACUGCAUUUGUUAAACGCGAACGGGAUGUGAAAGGGUUACCAUCUUAUUUUUGGGCAUAUCCUAAAGAGAAAGAUCGUCAACAUUCUAAAGUACAUGAAGAAUUGUAAAAAUGAAUAGCAGUUCCCCAAUUCUUCAUAAACAUUCCUACAAUUACAAAUGUUGAAUAAGAUGAAAAACGAAUUUUGUUGAUAAAGGUCAUACACACCAAAGCGAAUGUUUGCGAACGAACGAACUUUUACAAGUACGAUUACCAGCGAAUGUUCGUUCAUUCGCAAGCGUUCGCUUUGGUGUGGAUGCACCUUAAGAAUGAAAUUAACACAUAAUAUUCUAUUAAGUUUUAGAGUGUCAUUUCUUUUUAUAUUUAUUUUACUUUAUAAUUACUAGGUAUUAGUAUUACUUUUAUAGU